GAUAUGAACGUAAAAUAAGCAGAGCGUAGAGAAAACGUUAAGAGAAUCAACGAACAACAGCUCUGCUUCUUCGUCUUCGAGUGUACGCAUCUUGCUCGAAUCCCUCUUCUUCAAGGGCGGCACGAAGAGUCUCCGAGCCCCUCUUGCUCCGAUCAGUCGAGCAGGAGGGAAAGAGGAGGGCGGAGAUGGAGCAGUUCCGGAAGGUCGGGGAGGUGAUCGGCAGUCUCAAGGCUCUUAUGGUUUUUCAAGACGAGAUACAGGUCAACCGCCGGCAGUGCUGCUUGCUUGUCGACGCCUUCGGCCUCGCCUUCGACAGCGUCGCGGAAGAACUCCGGACCCACUUCUGCUUCGCGGAGAAGACGGCGGCCAAGUGGCGCGCUCUAGAGCACCCGCUGAAGGAGCUCCACCGCGUCUUCUGCGAGGGCGAGCAGUACGUCCGGCAUUGCUUGGAGCCCGGCGACUGGUGGAGCAAGGCCAUCUCGCACCACCGCAACACCGACUGCGUCGAGCUCCACCUCCACAACUUGCUCUGGUGCGUGCCCGUCGUCCUCGAGGCCAUCGAGAACGCCACGGAGAGCGCCGACCACGACGAGCUCCACAAGAAGCGGCUCGUCUUCUCCAAGAAGUACGAGAGGGAAUGGAUGGAUCCCAAGCUGUUCCAGCAGAAGCUGGGGAAGUCAUACUUGACCUCGCAAGAUUUCUGCAACAGACUCGACUCUGCUUCGAAAGAGGACUCAUGGAUCCUCUCAGAAACCAUAGCCGAGAGGAGAAUUUCCGCCGCGAGCCCUCUCACGAAACAGGAGAACAAGUUCGCUGAGCUCCUCAUUGGCCCCAGAAGCCAGCUUUUCCCCAGCUCGGUCCUGCUUAGUUCGCCGGAUUACCAAGUCCGGCGAAGAUUUGGAGCCGGGAGUAACUACAAGGAGGUGCAGUGGAUGGGCAACAGUUACGCGGUGAAGCAUGUCAUCGGUGAUGUUGAUGCACUGAUGAACUGUAUCUCGGUCCUGUCAUCGGUUGCCCACCCGAAUGUGAUGCAGUAUUUGUACUCCUUCGCCGACGAAGAGAAGAGAGAGUGCUUCAUGGUGAUGGAGCUCAUGAACAAGGAUCUCUCCAGUCACAUAAGAGAGACAUCUUCCUCGAGGAAAAAGGUGCCGUUCCCUCAGCUGCUGGCGGUGGAUACGAUGCUUCAGAUUGCAAGAGGAAUGGAGUACCUCCACUCCAAAAAGAUUUAUCACGGUGACUUGAAUCCUUUCAACGUCUUGGUGAAGGCCAGGAAUUCUUCCCCUGAUGGAUUUUUGCAUGCGAAGAUCACCGGUUUCGGGCUCUCGCCGACGAAGAACUCCAAGGCUAUCACAAAUCCAUGCAUCUGGCAUUCGCCGGAGGUCCUGGCGGAGCAGCAGUCCGGCAAUUGUUUGAGUUUGACAGAUAAGGCUGAUGUCUAUAGCUUUGGGAUGAUAUGCUUUGAGCUUUUGACAGGGAAGGUUCCCUUUGAGGACAACCACCUUCAAGGUGAUAAGAUGAGCAAGAACAUCAGGGCUGGUGAGAGGCCACUCUUUCCAUCACAAUGCCCCAAGUACCUCGCAAACUUGACAAGAAGAUGUUGGCACUCUGAUCCAGUGCAACGACCGAGCUUCACUUCGAUUUGUAGAGUGCUCCGAUACAUCAAACGGUUCUUAGUUUUGAAUCCAGAUCAAAGCCAGCCAGAGCCGCCUACACCGCCUGUUGAUUAUUUCGACCUCGAGAGUAGCCUUUCCAAGAUUGUCUCAAGCUGGGCAAGGAGAGAUGAUCCCAGAGUCUGGGAUGUUCCAUUUCAAAUGUAUGCUUAUAGAGUCCUGGAAAGGGAGAAGACUGGUGCAAAUAUGAAGGAUAGGACAUCUGAAUCUGGAAGUGAGGGGGCAUCCAUUUGUGGAGAUGAGAAUGCAUUCAAUGGAAUUCUAGAUGAUGCACUCUCACACUCUAGUGAUUCAGUUAAAUUGUCCCUGCAGAGUUCCCCGGAUACGAGAAAGAAAGCAUCGCCGAGACGACUCAAUGGAAAGGUGAAUAAGCAAACAUUAGGACAGAGCCAAAAGACAGGAGUUCUAUUGCCACAAGUAUCAUCUGGUCAAAGUGUGAGGAGGGACACUGAAAGACAACACCAACAAGUAGCAACAAGAGGAAGGCGGAGGGGACAAUCAGAUUUACAACUAAAACAAGGUUUGGUGGGUGACAUGUACCAGGAAUGUACCAAAUCCUAACAAAUUGUCUGAGACAAUAACAAAAAGUCUGAAUUGCAGAAAAAAGAAGAAUAGAAAAUAAUUUUUUGUUCUUGAGCUUAGGAACAUAAGAAGCCGAGCGGAAAAUGCAGUAAGCGAGAAGGGUGACACUGGAAGAGAGUCAACAAACUCGGUGAUCCGAGAGACGAGGUGCUGCAGAAGAGUACGGUGGACGAAAAGGAUGUGUGCGACAUUCAAGGGACGAAAAGCCGGGGAUGAAGUCUGCUCGAGGAGGUCGGAGUUGGGUUCGGGUGAGCGACGAUCAAAGCAUCAUCCAAGCGAGCGGGAUCGAAGAAGAUCAACUUGGAGGUUGAUCUUGAAGACCCAAGGCGCCUCUUCUGUGUUUGAGGGCACCUCGGGUGCCAGGACGGGAGCUGUAAGGCGCGAAGGUGCCUCAAAAGAAUAAGAGGCGCCUCAGAUGAAAGGGCGUGAAGGCACCCUAAGAGGUGCGAAGGUGCCUGCACAUUGAAGGCGCCUUCGACCAUUCAAUAGUCGUUAGGCUACCGUUGAGAAGAGGAUAAAAGUUUAUCUUCUUGGAGGCACCUCCAAGUAACGGUAACUUUUCCUCGGAGGUUAUAAUAAGCCCCCUAGGGCUAGGAAUUAAACAACAACUUGUGUAAUCAAUUCUCAAUUAUUUUCUGAGCUUUCAAAGAGUGUAAGAGAU